UUGGGGCUGCGCAGCGGCCGCCAUGGCCAACCGCACGGUGAAGGACGCGCACAGCAUCCACGGCACCAACCCGCAGUACCUGGUGGAGAAGAUCAUCCGUACGCGCAUCUACGAGUCCAAGUACUGGAAGGAGGAGUGCUUCGGCCUCACGGCCGAGCUGGUGGUGGACAAGGCCAUGGAGCUGAAGUACGUGGGGGGCGUCUAUGGAGGGAACAUUAAACCCACGCCCUUCUUGUGCCUGACGCUGAAGAUGCUGCAGAUCCAGCCCGAGAAAGACAUCAUCGUGGAGUUCAUAAAAAACGAAGACUUCAAGUAUGUCCGAAUGCUUGGAGCACUGUACAUGAGGCUGACGGGCACUGCCAUCGACUGCUACAAGUACCUGGAACCGCUGUACAACGACUAUCGGAAAAUUAAAAGUCAGAACAGAAAUGGAGAAUUUGAGCUGAUGCACGUGGAUGAAUUUAUUGAUGAACUACUCCACGAGGAACGUGUUUGUGACAUCAUCCUGCCUCGACUGCAGAAACGGUAUGUUCUGGAAGAAGCUGAGCAACUUGAGCCUCGUGUUAGUGCCCUGGAAGAAGACAUGGAUGAUGUAGAAUCUAGUGAGGAGGAGGAAGAAGAAGAUGAAAAGCUGGAACGGAUCCCAUCUCCUGACCACCGCAGAAGGGGCUACAGGGACCUGGACAAGCCCCGCAGGUCUCCAGUGGUGCGGUACCGGCGGAGCCGGAGCAGGUCCCCAAGGAGGCGCAGUCGCUCUCCAAAGAGAAGAAGUCCCUCACCGCGCCGGGAGCGGCAUCGCAGCAAAAGCCCGAGACGGCACCGGAGCAGAUCCCGGGAGAGGCGCCACAGAUCGAGAUCUAAAUCUCCAGGGCAUCACCGUAGUCACAGACACAGAAGUCAUUCCAAAUCACCUGAAAGAUCUAAGAAAAGUCACAAAAAGAGUCGACGAGGGAAUGAAUAAGAAACAAAACCCAGCCCACCAUUUAAGGACCUUAAACUACAGUCUCAUGCUGUCCUAUUUGCUCCCCAGGACAGCUGGCUCUGUAUUGGCUGCUUUAGCAGUCACAUUCUUCAGUCUUUCUCAUUUUGUUGUCUUGGAUUUUUUUAUUAAAGGUAAGCUAAGGAUACUUUUUAUGUAGUUAGUUACUCAUCCUUGUGAUGGAAUUUGAAGGUUGCUUUUUAAUUGCUUUUCUUGAAGCCUGUAAAAACUUAAUGAAGAGCAAUAAAAAAAAAGGAAGGUUUGUGUUUAGAGGUUCCUGGCUGUUUCCUUCAUAAUAUUUUGUUGAGAUGUCCCCUGGUUGAAGCUGGCUUCAUUCUCAAAUCAGGGCAUUGUUUUGUCAAACUGUCCCUGCAAUCAGGUGCCAAAGGAAGUCUGGAUUCAGUCACAAACACUGCAGGGCUCCCAGCCCUGGCCUCUCAGAGCUCCAGUACAGGAGAGGAAGCAAGGCUGCCACAGUCCAGUGUGUUUACUAAAAGCUCACUUGAAAGUGCUCUUGAACACGUGGUCAGCUUUGGGU